AUAUUACCAACCUUGACUCAAAUUCUAGAUACAAACCUGAUAUUAAAAGUAAUAGUCUCUUUUAUCUUAGUACUACUGGUAGUGCAAGACUUAGAAGUAACUAUAGAUUUAAUAGCACAGGACUAGAGAAUUGGGGUACUAGCUCUAAAAAUAGAAGAUCUUAUCAAUCUUACAUUAUUCCUGACUCUGAAAAUAAGGAUAAUGAUGAUGCUAAAUCCCUGAUAUAA